AUGCGCGGGGAAAGACGAGGUCGCGGCAGGCCCGGCUGCGGCGCGUCGAGGGGGCGUGGAGCCGCGCGGGCCUCUUCUCCGAAACGCGCAGACUUGGUUGUUGAACCCGAACAAAACUCCGCUUUCGGGCGCCCGCAGACGCCUCCACCGGCUGUCGACGGCGGAAAAAGGAGGCGAGGCGAACGAGACGCGUCGACGGCAGGCAGCCCAGAGAGACACACGGCGCGGAGCGACGACGGUGACGACGCUGCAGAGCACCCCGCCGCCAGCGAAGCGGGAGAUAAAACGCCGGCGCUUCGCGCCUUCGUGGAGGGAGAGACACCCGCCGCCCCAGGCGGAGACCUGCUGCUUCUGCUGACCAACAGCGACGCAGAUCAGUCGCUCGCCUCCAAGCGGCGAAAGAAAGCGCGUGUCGCGUCGGGGGCAGUCCCCGGCGAAGGAGCCGCGGGUGUGCAGCGGACCCCGCUGCGACAUGCGCUGCGAUAUCUGCGGCAACUGCCCGACUUUCUCGAUCCUUCACUAUUUUCCGCCGCGACGCCGAGAUUCCGCGACGCGCAGAGUCCUUUAGAGACUGCGCGCGCCGCGGGCGACGGCGACGCAAGCGAGAGCGAGGCGGAAGAAAGAGCCGAGGGAGAAGAAGACGAAGCGGAGGGGGAGAACGAAGGCCGUCGCAAGUGCCGCAGAGGCGCGAGUGUCGCGCCUUUUUCGGUCCGCGCCCAGGCUGUCGAGGCGCUGCACGCGCGGCUCUCUGCAGAAGCCGCUGCGGCGCUUGUGGAGGGCCGUCCCCCGCUUUCUGCGCCGGCGUCUACGCACGCGAAGCCGCGCACAGGAAGCCCUUCCGCGCCGACUUUUGGCAAGCGAUACCAAGGCAGGUUCCUCCGCAGUGAGGACGCAGGCGGCGGCGAAGACGACCUCGCACGGCGGGACGGGGGGGAGCAGCCUGAGCAACGCUGCAGACGCGCGCUGCUCAGGCUGAUCCGACGCGAGGCGAUUCCCCUCUUGCUGAAGAGGCCGCGCGAGAAAGGCGCGUCGAGAGGGGGAGACACCGGCUGCGAGGGCGGCUGCGAGGGGGGCAGUCUCGAGGAGGAGACGCGGCGCUACGCCUUGUGCUUGGUGAGGCCUUUGCAGAGUGUGCAGCCGAGCCCGCUUUCUUCGCUCGCGCGCCGAGAUGAUCCCCGUGGCGGCGCAGGCUCCGCCGCGCCCUGGCGCGACUGCUUCCUGAACGCAGGCAGCAGUGUGUGGACGCUCGCCGUCUGCGAAGAGCUGCCGGGGGGCGGCGCUGCGUGCGUGUCGGCUGCCGGCGCGGACGACGAAGGCUUCGUGGUGCUCGCAGUGGGCGUCCACGGGCGUGCGGCGCUGCUUUCGUGCCUUGGCGGCCUCGGCGUUGGCGAAGGAGGCGGCGAGGAAAACGGGUGGCGGCCGAGUGAAGAGGCGGAGUCAGCACUCGCGACGGAGGGAGCCGCGUCGGGGGACCCCGGGGCGAGAGGGGGCCCAGAAACGCGUCUCGGAGCGGAGAAGAGCCUCGGCAUGAUUCAACUAUGGCGCGUGUCGAGCGAUCCGCGGCGCCGGCCGCGCUUCGCCCUCGGCAUUUUGCACUCGGGAGGCUCCUGCCGCUCUCUCCAGUGGGUCGGGGCCUCUGCGCGCGACCUGCGCCGGCCGCCCGCCGCCGGCUCUGCGGGCGCGGAGACAAGGAGACAGGCAGAGAUAGGCCGAGAGGCAACGAGGCGGCCGCGCGAGGCCGCGAGGGCCGACGCUCGCGCGGACGGACUGGCUGAGGCUGCAGGCGCGACGAUCGCGCCCAGUGUGAAGACAGAGUCCGCCGACGGCGCGGAGGGCAUGGAGGGCGCGGAGACGCGCGAGGAUUCGACUCGCGGCGCAUCAAACGUAGAGCCAGAGACGCGGCGACCGGGGCUGCGAGAGGACAACCCUGAGAAGCUGCUCUUUGCGUCGCGGGUGGGGCUUCUCGCAGGCGCCUUCGCGGACGACUCCCUCCGCAUUUGGUCUGUCCCCCUCGCGCCCUUCGUCGACCCAGAGUCCGACGAGGAAGCGGAAGACGAGAGCGAAGACGACGCGAAAGGCCUCUCAGGCGUCUGCCGCGAGACGACAGAGACGCUCUUCGCGAGACGGGCGGCGCGGUGCUUCUUUCUGCCGCCCGUGUGGAGCUUUCGGCACCCCGACGUCCCGCGGCCCCCCUCGCCCUCGAUGCCGUUCUUCUGCGUGGCCGCGGCGCCGCCGCCGCUCGCUGCCUCCGCCCCGGGGUCUGCGCGUCCGGCGCAGGCGCCGGGCGCAUCCGCCUGGGGGUUGCCUUACGAAGCCGCUCCUCUUCGGCUGGUCGCCGGGAGCGAGGGCGGGAUGCUGUUUGUGUUUUCCUUCUUCGCUUCGCCCUGCACCACGGGGGAGCGCCCGCAAUGCGUUUGGGCCGCCGCAGCGGUCGUGGCGCCCUCGGCCCACCUCCGCGCCUGCGCGUUUCUUCCAGCGGCGGACUCGAGUCUCCUCGCCGUCUCCGCCGCCUCGGGCGGCGACGACAGCAGCAGCAACAACAGCGUGGUGCUCGUCAACCUUCGCCAGGUCGCCGCGGGUGCGGGUUCCGGGGGGGCGGCUGCCGAGGCGGCCCCGGGGCUGCUACCCCCGAUCGAGGCCAAAAGCGGAUGCGUGAGCGGCAGGGAAAUCCACGACAUCGCCUGGAGCCCCAUCGGCAGAUACGCGACCGUCGCCGCGACGAACGCAGUCGUUGUCAAUCUGCAGAAGCCGCAGGCGACGCAGCUGCCGCUGAAGCAAGUUCUCCCCGCCCUCAUGCUGGCGUCGCUGGAGCCCGCGCCCAAGGCGCCCCGCGGCCGGCCGAGCGCCGCCGCGAAGGCCCGCGGCGGUCGCGGGGGGGGGCCUGGCGCCGGCGGUGCGCCGAAGCUGCACGAGGAGGAGCGGAAGCAACGCGAGCGCGCCGCUAAGGAUGCCGCUGCCGUCGACCGCUGCUGCUGGAGCACAAGCGUCUGCGGGCACCUUGGGCUAUUCGUCUUCGAUGACGGCAGUUUUGUGUCGGGAAGCUUGAGCUUGCUGGAGCAGCGUGUGUUCGACUCGGCCGACCUGGUGCGGUGGACGCUCCCUGGAAGCCGCGAGCAGCGUCUGGUGUCUGAACACCGCAAGCUGUUGCUGGAGCAGACAGGGGCGGCGCCAUCUGCGGACGGAACUCUUCGUCCACCGUCAGCCUGCGGGGCUUCGCCAGAACUGGAAGACGGGCUUUCUGCGCCGGCGUCUCCCCCCUGUGCGACCAGCGGGCAUACGCAGCAAGGCUCUGCCGACAACGUCGCAGGCGUUUCCGCAUCCUGCGCCCCGGGGCCCGAGGGUCGCGAGGAUCCCUCGUUCCGCUCGCUGUUCCGGCACGUGGCGGCGCGCUUCGCGGCGCAGCAGACGCGGCAGGUGAAGCGGCUGGCGGCCAGCGGUCUGCUCGUUGAGAUUUUCCGCGAAGAGGAGGGUGCGGCGCGCGAGACGGACGCCGCGGAGCCUUCGCAGGCUCCGGCCGCGAGCCGCGGGAGUGACGCUUGGAAACAGGCGGGCGGCGUGGGCGACGCGGGGAAAACUGCCUCCCAGCCGCAGGAGGCCAGUGGGCUGCAGCAGCCACAAGCGCGCAGGGAUGAAGAAGGCGAGGAGGAAAUUCGCUGGAAGCCCGAGGAUGAACGCAUUCUCGCUCUGCACCGAAUCGUCAGCGUGUGCCCGUACCGGAAUUCGCGGUACUUUGGCCAGCGUCCAUUGGCCGUCUACGGCGGGGCUGCGGGAAUCAUUCAUCUCCGUGCUCUUUGUUGA